UGGGAGAAGGAGUCAGGAGGGAGCACAGGGUAGCGAGAAAAGUUGGGCUCCCGCAUUUACCGUAUUUAUUCAUUUGUUACUCGGAUGCUCAGCGCUCGCAAUGUGCUCUGCGGCUCCUCUCUGAAUCGAGAGCCCCUUCUCCUACUUCUCCAUUUCGCUCGAGUCCCAGCCCCUGCCGCCCGCUCCCCUGAGAAGAUGGCGAGGUGGGGAGCUGGGCACCGCCGGGGGUACGCGUCUCUCCGCGCGCUGUCCCUUCUGUUGCUACUGCUGCUGCUUCUCCGUGGUGGGGCUGGAGCGCCAGAGGCCGGUGGCGAAGGUAGAGGCAGCUGGAGUGGUGGGAACAGUGGCGGCUUCAGCCUACACCCACCCUACUUCAACCUGGCCGAGGGCACCCGCAUCUCGGCUUCUGCGACUUGCGGCGAGGAGGCGCCGGUCGGAGCGCGAGGCCCCCCGCGGCCCACCGAGGACCUUUACUGCAAGCUAGUGGGGGGGCCAGUGGCUGGCGGCGACCCCAAUCAGACCAUCCAGGGCCAAUACUGUGAUAUCUGCACAUCAGCCAAUGUCAACAAGGCUCAUCCCAUUACCAAUGCAGUGGAUGGAACAGAACGAUGGUGGCAGAGCCCUCCACUCUCCCGGGGUUUGGAGUACAGCGAAGUCAAUGUCACCCUAGACCUGGGCCAGCUUUUUCAUGUGGCCUAUGUCCUCAUCAAGUUUGCCAACUCCCCAAGGCCAGAUCUCUGGGUACUUGAGAGAUCCACAGACUUUGGACUCACCUACCAACCUUGGCAGUACUUUGCCUCAUCUAAGAGGGACUGCAUUGAGAAGUUCGGGCUUCAGACUCUGGAGCGCGUCACCAGGGAUGAUGAUGUCAUCUGCACUACUGAGUACUCUCGCAUUGUACCCCUGGAAAAUGGGGAGAUUGUGGUGUCUCUGGUGAAUGGGCGGCCAGGGGCCAUGAAUUUUUCAUACUCCCCACUCCUUCGGAAUUUUACCAAGGCCACCAACAUCCGCCUUCGUUUUCUACGCACCAAUACUCUACUUGGCCAUUUAAUGGGAAAGGCGCUACGAGACCCCACUGUCACUCGCCGGUAUUACUACAGCAUCAAGGAUAUCAGCAUUGGGGGUCGUUGUGUCUGCAAUGGUCACGCAGAUGUCUGUGAUGCCAAAGAUCCCACAAACCCCUACAGGCUCCAAUGUGCCUGUCAGCACAAUACCUGUGGUGGUGCCUGUGACAGCUGCUGUCCUGGCUUCAACCAACUGCCCUGGAAACCUGCCACAAUGGACAGUGCUAACGAGUGUCAGUCCUGUAACUGUCAUGGACAUGCACAUGACUGUUACUAUGACCCAGAGGUGGAUCGACAUAAAGCUAGUAAGAACCGGGACGACGUCUACGAAGGUGGAGGUGUCUGUAUCGACUGCCAGCACCACACAACUGGCAUCAACUGUGAGCGCUGUAUCCCUGGGUAUUAUCGGUCACCUGAGCAUCCCACUGACUCCCCCUAUGUCUGCUACCGUUGCAACUGUGAGUCAGACUUCACCGAUGGGACAUGUGAGGACCUGACAGGCCGUUGCUACUGCAAACCCAACUACACGGGGGAGAGGUGUGAUGCGUGUGCCAAAGGGUUCACAGAUUUCCCCCAUUGCUAUCCUGUGCCCUCAUUCUCCCACAAUGACACCGGGGCACAGGUGCUUCCGGCUGGACAGAUUGUGAACUGUGACUGCAGCGCGGCUGGGACCUUGGGAAAUGCCUGCCGGAAAGACCCACACAUUGGCCAGUGCGUGUGUAAACCCAACUUCCAGGGUGUACAUUGUGAGCAGUGUGCCCCAGGCUACUAUGGGCCAGGCUGCCUGCCCUGCCAGUGCUCCGGCCCUGGCCAGACUGGUAGCAGUUGUGACAAUGAGACGGGGCAGUGUGUGUGCCGCACUGGCUUCGAGGGCCCUGCCUGUGACCGCUGUGCCCCUGGCUACUUCAGCUAUCCACUCUGCCAAUUAUGUGGCUGUAGCCCUGUAGGGACUCUGCCUGAGGGCUGUGAUGAGUCUGGGAGAUGCUUCUGCCGCCCCGAGUUCGAUGGCCUGCACUGUGACCGCUGCCAAGCUGGCUACCACUCCUACCCCCAAUGCCAAGUUUGUUCCUGUGACCCUCGGGGCUCCUUGGACCAGUUAUGCAGUGGGGCUGGAAUGUGUCACUGUCGGCCUGGUUAUGCUGGGUCUGCGUGCCAGGAAUGUGCCCCUGGCUAUUAUGGAUUCCCCAACUGUAUCCCUUGUCACUGCUCUGAGGUUGGGUCCCUCCACACCACCUGUGACCCUGAGACUGGGCAGUGCAGCUGCCGGCCACGAGUGACUGGUCUGCACUGUGACACAUGUGUGCCCGGGACCUACGGGUUUCCCCGCUGUGAAGUUGGCUCCUGCGAUCCAGCUGGCCAGGCCUCAGCCACCUUCUCUCUCUCUGAGGGUUCCUGUGAGUGCCGGGCUCACGUGGAGGGUCCAAGAUGUGAUAGGUGCAAGCCUCUCUAUUGGAACCUGAGCCCAGCUAACCCCUACGGCUGCAGAAGCUGUAGCUGUGACCCUCGAGGUACCAUCAAUGGAGUGGCUGAAUGUCAACAGGGCAAUGGACAGUGUUUCUGCAAACCCAACGUCUGUGGUCAGAUGUGCACCUCCUGCAAGGAUGGCUACUUCAGACUGGACCAUGCAGAUUACUUCGGCUGUCAGACCUGUCAGUGUGAUAUUGGGGGAGCCUUGGCCCAGGGCUGUGAGCCAAGGACGGGGACCUGUCAAUGCCGGCCCAACACACAGGGGCCUACGUGCAGUGAGCCUGCAAGAGACCAUUAUCUCCCAGACCUGCACCACAUCAGGUUUGAGCUAGAGGAGGGCUCCACACCUGAUGGCCGGCCUGUGCGUUUUGGCUACAACCCCUUGGAGUUUGAGAAUUUCAGCUGGAGGGGUUAUGCCCAGAUGACUCCUGUUCAGCCCAAAGUAGUGGUGAAACUCAACGUGACAUCACCUGACCUAUUCCAUCUUGUAUUCCGCUAUGUCAACCGGGGUUCCACAAGCGUGAAUGGGAAGGUUUCAGUCCUUGAGGAAGGGAAGUUUAGCACCUGCAGCAACUGCACAGAGCAGACCCGUCAGGUCAUAUUUGCACCCAGCACGGAGCCCGUGUUUCUUACUGUGCCCCAGAACAGCUAUGGGGAGCCCUUUGUCCUGAACCCCAGUAUCUGGUCCCUGGUUGUUGAGGCUGAAGGUGUCUUACUGGACUAUGUGGUCUUGCUUCCCAGUGCCUACUAUGAAGCCCCCAUACUGCAGGUGAAGGUGACUGAGGCCUGUACCUACAACCCCAAACCUGAGCAAGUCAGGAAUAACUGCUUCUUGUACACCUACCUCCCACUAGAUGGCUUCCCUUUUGCCAGCGGGACUGAUGCCAUAUGCCGCCUGGACAAUAGUCUACCCAAGGCUUGCCUGAUGGAACAGCCUAGUUCCUCCCACCCACCACUGGCCACUUGCUGGGGCAAUGAUGUGGAUGUCCAAGUGCAAGUUGUCGUGCCCCAGCCUGGCCAGUACACACUUGUGGUGGAGUACGCCAAUGAGGACAACCUUCAGGUUGUGAGCGUGGCUGUACACACGCCCCAGUGGACCCCACAGCAAGGACUGCUCACCCUCUACCCCUGCCAGUACAGCUUCCUGUGCCGAGGUACUGUCUUAGAUUCCCAGAAUCGCCUUGCCACUUUUGAACUCACUGGUGAGGCUAGCAUUCGGCUCACAGCAGAACAUGCACGGUUCUUACUGUACCGCAUCUACCUGGUCCCCACGAGCAAGUUCACCACAGAGUUUGUGGAACCCAGAGUUCACUGCAUCAGUAGUCAUGGGACCUUUGGACUGAGCAGUGGUUCCUGCAUCCCUUCACGCUUCCAGAAGCUAUCCCAGCCCAUCGUACUAACAGAGUGUAAGGUCCUGCCGGUGCCACCCGACUUCCCGUUGAGCCACACGCACACCGUCACUCCUGCUGGACCCCCGAUGAGUCCUCAGCCUCGUCCACCCACAGCUAUAGACCCCACCAGUGAUCCCACCCUCCUGCAGGCUCCCCAGAGCACUGUCGUGUUUAGCACUCACAUCCAGACACUGGGGCGUUAUGCCUUCCUGCUCCAUGGCUACCAACCCAACCACCCUACUUUCCCUGUGGAGGUAGUCAUCAAUGGCGGCCGGAUCUGGCACGGCCAGGCCAAUGCCACCUUCUGCCCCCAUGCUUACGGUUGCCGCAGCCUGAUUGUGUGCGAGGGUCAGAUCGUCCUGGAUGUGACAGACAAUGAACUGACUGUGACUGUCCGUGUGCCUGAGGGUCAGCAGCUCUGGCUGGACUAUGUACUGGUUGUCCCUGAGGAUGGCUAUAGCUCCAACUACCUCCGAGAGGAGCCUCUGGACAAAUCCUAUGACUUCAUCAGUCUCUGUGCAGCCAAUGGCUUUUACAUCAGCCCCACCAGCUCACCUCCAUUCUGCCAGGAUGCUGCCAUCUCUCUUUCCCUCUUCUACAACAAUGGGGCCCAGCCCUGCCGCUGCCAUGAAGUGGGAGCCACGGGCCCUACCUGUGAACCCUUUGGGGGCCAGUGCCCCUGCCGAGCCCACGUCAUCGGCCGGGACUGCUCCCGCUGUGCCACUGGUUACUGGGGCUUCCCGAAUUGCAGGCCCUGUGACUGUGGCACCCGCCUCUGUGAUGAAGGCACUGGCCAGUGCAUCUGCCCACCCCGUACCAUCCCACCAGACUGUGUGGUGUGCCAGGCUCAAACAUUUGGCUGCCACCCCCUGGUGGGCUGCGAAGAUUGUAACUGUUCUCACCCUGGUGUCAAGGAUCUCACAGACCCAGGCUGUGACCUGGACAGCGGGCAGUGCAAGUGCAAACCCAAUAUUGUCGGCCGCCGCUGUGAUGCUUGUGCUCCUGGCUUCUAUGGUUAUCCCAGCUGCCGGCAAUGCCAGUGCCAUACAGCAGGCACAGUAGCUGGAGUAUGUGACCCUGUCACUGGCCAGUGCCAUUGUAAGGACAAUGUAGAGGGUGUACGCUGUGACCAGUGCCGCCUUGGCACCUUCUCCCUGGAUGCCUCAAACCCCAAGGGCUGCACUCGCUGCUUUUGCUUUGGGGCCACUGACCGAUGCCGGAGCUCCCAGCAAGUCCGUGGAGAGUUCAUAGACAUGCAAGGAUGGGUGCUGUUGAGUGGGGAGCGCCAGGAGGUGCCAACCUCACUUCGUGUGGAUGCUGGGCUAGUGCAUGCUGAUCUACGGAAUGUCCCAGAAGCAUUUCAAGACCUUUACUGGCAGGCACCUGCCUCCUACCUAGGGGACCGCGUGUCAUCUUAUGGCGGGAGCCUGCGCUAUGAGCUGCACUCAGAGACCCAGCGUGGGGAUGUGUUCGUCCCUACCGAGAGCCGGCCAGAUGUGAUUCUGAAGGGAAACCAGAUGAGUAUCACUUUCCUGGAGAGUUCCUACCCGGCUCCUGGGGACAUUCAUCAAGGGAAGGUGGAUCUGGUGGAGGGCAAUUUCCGCCACACAGCGACUCACAACCCUGUCUCCCGGGAGGAGCUGAUGAUGGUGCUGGCUGGUUUGGAGCAGCUGCAGAUCCGUGCCCUCUUCUCCCAGAUCUCCUCAGCUGUCUCCCUUCAGAGGGUGGUUCUAGAGGUGGUGACAGAUGCCACUGGGGGAGCCCUGGCCAGCAAUGUUGAGGUCUGCAUGUGUCCUGCCAACUACCGUGGGAACUCAUGCCAGGAAUGUGCUCCUGGCUAUUACCGAGACACCAAGGGCCACUUCCUGGGCAAAUGCAUUCCAUGCCACUGCAAUGGGCACUCCGACCGAUGCCUCCCAGGCUCAGGCAUCUGCGUGGGCUGCCAACACAACACUGAAGGUGACCACUGCGAACGAUGCAAGGGUGGCUUUGUGAGCAAUGCAACCCAAGAUCAAUCCUCUUCCCUCUGCAUCAGCUGCCCCUGCCCUCUCUCUGUGCCCUCCAACAACUUUGCAGUUGGUUGUGUCCAUAAGGGUGGGGCCACCCAGUGUCUCUGCCAGCCCGGGUACGCUGGAGCUUCUUGUGAGCGGUGUGCUCCUGGAUACUAUGGCAACCCCCUGGUGAUUGGCAGCUCCUGCCAGCCUUGUGACUGCAGUGGGAAUGGUGACCCUAACAUGCUGUUCAGUCACUGUGAUCCACUGACUGGGGCAUGCUUGGGCUGCAUGUACCAUACAGCGGGUCCCCACUGCGAGAACUGUGCUCCUGGUUACUAUGGCAACGCUUUGCUCCCCAGGAACUGUACAAAGUGUGACUGCUCACCCUGUGGGACCGAGGCUUGUGAUGCUCGCACUGGGCGGUGUCUGUGCAAAUCUGGGGUGACUGGUCAGCGUUGUGAUCAUUGUCAGGAUGGGCACUAUGGCUUUGACAGUUGUGGAGGCUGCCGGCCCUGUAACUGUGGUCUGGCUGCAAUUGGGUCCAGCUGCCACUCCCAGAGUGGGCAGUGCCAUUGCCAGACAGGGGUCAGUGGAGUGCAGUGCCAGCAGUGUGCCCCUGGCUACUGGGGGUUCAGUGAACAUGGCUGUACCCGCUGUCAGUGUCGAGAAGGUCACUGUGAUCCCCGCACAGGCGAGUGCACCUGCCCCCCUGGCCUAAGCGGCAAACAGUGUGAUUCCUGCAGCCAGCAGCAUCAAGUACCUGUGACCCAUGGCCCUGGUGGCGUCCACUGUGAAGUGUGUGACAGUUGUGUGGUACUACUACUGGAUGACCUGGAGCAGAUAGAGUCACUCUUCCCCACCAUCCGCCAGCAGCUCAGCAGCCUCAAUGCCAGCUCCGUGGCCUGGGCCCGAUUGCACGGAAUCAACAGCUCCAUUGCUGCCCUGGCGAAUCAGCUUCGAGGCCCACUGGGGUCUCGGGAGCCGACAAGACAGAGACUAGAUGAGCUGGAACGUCAGAGUGGAGUUCUGGAGGAAGAGGCCAACAUGCUUCACAGCAAGGUGGCUGAUGCUCGAGCCCAGGCAGGUCAGCUACAGGAGAGCUCCGGGGACAACCUGCAGCGGGCAGAGACCCUGCUACGGAGCAUCGAGAAUGUGGAACGUGCUCUAGGAGAGCUGAUAUCUCAGAUGAACAGACUCUCCCCGUCUAAUAUCAGCGCAGCCUCUGGUGAAGAGUUUCUUCAGACACUGGGGGAGGUGGAGCAGAUGCUACGGGAGAUGCGGGGCAGGGACUUUGGGCGGCCACGAGCAGUGGCUGAAGGGGAGCUGGAAGAGGCACAGAGAUUACUGAACCAAGUGCAGAGUGAACUAACCAGCCGGUGGGAAGAAAGCCAGACCUUGGCAUCAAGUAUCCGGGAGCGGCUGGCUCAACACAGCUCCCAACUCAUGGACCUCCGGGAUGCCUUGAAUGAGGCUGUCAAUAAGACCCGUCUCACUGAAGAGCUCAACAGUCGGAACCAAGAACAUCUGGAAGAGAGGCUGCAAAAGAAGCAGGAGUUGGAGAGGGAGAACUCGACGCUGAGGGACACCCUGCGCAUGGCCGAGGACACCUUAGCUCAAGUCUCCGAACUUUUGCAGACCAUGGACAGGGCCAAGGAGGAGUAUGAGCGUCUGGCUGCCAACUUGGAUGGUGCCCGGACCCCACUGACAGAGAAGAUGCAGAAAUUCUCUCCUGCAAGCAGUAAGAUUCCUAUAGUAGAGCGAGCUGAGGAGCAUGCCCGAGAGCUCAAGCAGCUUGCGUACAACCUCUCCAGUAUCAUUCGUGACACCAACCAGGAUCGGUUCAUUCAGCGAGCCAUCGAAGCCUCUAAUGCAUAUGCCAGCAUCCUUCAGGCUGUGGGGAAGGCUGAGGAGGCUGCUGGCCAGGCCCUACACAACGCAACCAGCACCUGGGAGAUGGUGAUUCAUGGAGGGCUUAGUGCCCGAGCCCGGGAGCUCCGGGAGAACAGCAGCAUCCUGGAAGAAGCUGUCCGCAGCCAACAGAGAAAAUUGAGUGGAGUCAUUAGGGAAACCUUGCAAGCCUCUCGGACUCAACUGGAAGAAGCCAAAGCUAAGAAGGAUCGGCUAGUGGCCCAGCUGAAGGGUGUGCAGAGCAUGCUAGCCAUGGACAGAGAUGACACAAGUGAGAAGAUCGCCCGUGCCAAGGCAGUGGCCGCAGAAGCCAAUGACACAGCCACACAGGUGGGCGCCACAUUGAGGGACAUGGAGAGGAAUCUGCGUCGGUGGCAGGGACAGUAUGGGGACCUGAAGAACCAAGACCUGGCCCAGGCCAUGGAAGAUGCUGGGAAAUCAGUAUCCAGUCUAGAGAAGACCUUGCCUCAAUUGCUGGCCAAGCUAAGCCACCUAGAGAACAAGAGAGGCCAGAAUGCCAGUCUAGCCCUCUCCAACAGCAUCUUACGUGUACGGGAGCUCAUCACCCAGGCCCGUAGUGCUGCGAGCAAGGUGAAAGUGCCCAUGAAAUUCAAUGGCCGCUCAGGGGUGCAGCUGCGGGCCCCCCGGGACCUGCAGGAUCUGGCUGCAUACACAGCUCUCAAGUUCUACAUUCAGAGCUCAGAGCCACCUCAACAGCCAGGCCAGGAUGGCAGCAGCCAAUUUGUCCUCUAUAUGGGCAGUCGUGAGGCCUCUGGGGACUACAUGGGGGUGAUCCUGCAUGAGCACAAGGUGCAGUGGGUUUACCGGCUUGGGGAGGCGGCCCACAGGACCCUGACCAUCGAUGACGACAUCGGGGAGCAGUUUGCUACUGUCAGCAUCGACAGGAUUCUUCAGUAUGGUCACAUGUCUGUCACAAUGGAGAAGCAGACGGUACAUGAGACCAAGGGAGAUAGUGUAUACCCUGGUGACCAGGGUUUACUCAACCUGAGACCCCAAGACUUUGUCUUUUAUGUGGGAGGCUACCCUUCCAACUUUACGCCUCCCAGGCCUCUGCGGUACCCUGGUUACCGGGGCUGCAUUGAGAUGGACACCCUGAAUGAGGAGGUUGUCAGUCUUUAUAACUUCCAGAGGACCUUCCAUCUAGACACAGCCUUGGACAAACCGUGCGCCAGAUCUAAGUCCACGGGGGACCCCUGGCUGACAGAUGGUUCUUACCUGGAUGGCACGGGCUUCGCGCAUAUCAGCUUUGAGAGUCAGAUCAGCAGCACCAAGCGCUUUGAGCAGGAGCUGAGACUGGUCUCCUAUACUGGCAUCAUCUUCUUUCUUCAGUACCAGGACCAGUUCAUAUGUCUGGCUGUCCAGGAAGGCCACCUCAUCCUCUACUAUGAUUUCAGCCAUGGGCUACAGAUUGCCACCCCCCAACAGGAGCUGACACCCCUUACCUCGUCCAACAAAGCGAUCCAGAUUUUCAUCAUGGGUGUGACAGGCCGAAAGCGGGUCCUGGUCCGAGUGGAGCGAGUGUCUGUAUUCAGCUUGCAGGAGGAGAAUAUGCUGGAGAACGCUGACUCCUAUUAUCUGGGAGGAGUUCCUCCGGACCAGCUUCCUCCAAGCCUAAGAUCCUUGUUCCCCACUGGGGGGUCAAUCCGAGGCUGUGUGAAGGGCCUGAAAGCCCUUGGCAAAUAUGUGGACCUGAAGAGACUGAACACAACGGGCAUCAGCUCAGGAUGUACUUCUGACCUCCUGAUUACACGAUCCAUGACCUUCCAUGGGCAUGGCUACCUGACCUUGGCCCUCAGAGACGUGCCCCCUAUUACUGGAAACUUCUACACAGGUUUUGGCUUCCGUUCCACACAGGACAGCGGUCUCCUCUACUAUCAUGCCUCACCGGAGGGUAUUUUCCAGGUGUCCCUAAGACAGGGUCGCGUGACGCUCAAAUUCCUUAGGAUGGAGGUCAUGACGAGAGGUGCUUAUGCUGAUGGGGUUUCGCACUAUGUUGCAAUCUACAGUAAUGACACAGGGGUCUGGCUUUAUGUGGAUGACCAACUUCAAGGUGCAGAGCACCAGGGGGGCCGGUCUCGUCGUCAGGCUCCAGCCGAGGGUACCCCUCGCUUCCUCCUUGGGGGGCUGCCUGAGUCUGGUGCCUUCCAAAACCUGACUGGCUGUAUCAGCAAUGUCUUUGUCCGGCGGGUAUCAGAGGCCCAGCGUGUGGUCGACCUGCAGCAGAAUAUCCAGAAUGUCAACGUGACCACCGGCUGCACUCCCCCAGAUGAACCACUCCAGCUCAGGGCAUCACCAAGGAAGUUCCGAAGGAAACCCAAGUCUGCUCUCCAUGACCAAGGGAUGCCCCUAGACUCCACUUGCCAGUUUCCCACCCAUCCCAAAACCAUCAGCAAUGCCUACCAAUUUGGGGCUUCUCCUGCCAGCCGUCUGGAGUUUGCUCACAUCCCAUUCUCUUUCCAGGAUCGGACUCACUUCUCUGUGGAUAUCCAACUUCGCUCCCCACGUGGGCUGCUUCUGGCUGUGCCUACUGUAAAGUCAGCAAGCCCCUUCCUGGUCCUCUACCUCAGUCAGGGCCGCUUUGUCCUCCAGGCUGGAGGCCAGGGAAAACCUUUUCGAGUCCGGAGCCAUGAGCGAUACAAGCCAGGAGGCUGGCAUACAGUCUUUUUCAGCCGAGAGCAGAAUCGAAUUCAGCUGGUGAUCGAUGGGCUUAGGGCUCAGAGCAGUGAGGGGCCUCGUGGCCGCCGGAGGGCAUUGCUGGGCCGUGGACCAAUCUAUGUGGGUGGCAUCCCCUCUGGCCACAGCUGGACUCAUCUCCCAGAAGCAGCUGGCACUGGCUUUAAAGGGUGCAUGAGGAACCUGAAGCUGAAUGGACAGCCUCUGGAGACCCCAACACAGCUCCAUGGAGUGAUACCAUGUUACACUGGGACCCUGGAGAAGGGACUAUUCUUUGCUGUGGAAGGGGGAGCUGUAACGUUGGAUCCACCCGAGGUGUGGGGGCCAGACCUGGAGCUUGUGCUGGAGGUGCGUCCCUGGGCAGCACUUGGACUCAUCUUUCACCUAGGGUCAAGGCAGGGACCACCCUAUAUCAGACUUGAAGCAGAUGGGGACAAGGUACUUGUCAGAGCCAACAAUGGGGCAGGGGAGUUCUCCACAUCAGUGACUCGGCCUCCUCUCUGUGAUGGACAGUGGCACCGGAUUGCAGUGAUUAAAAGAAGAAAAGUACUCCAGCUGGAGGUGGAUGCAGAAGGCAAUUACACAGUGGGUCCUGCCUUAGUUCCUUCCAUUAUCACCAAAGAACCUCUUUACCUGGGAGGUCUACCAGAGACUUCAAAGACCAUGGUUCCACCGUCAUCCCUACCUGGUUACUACGGCUGUAUAAGGAAUCUUGUGGCAAACCGUCGCCCUAUCAACCUGACACGCACUGGCAUUAUCGAAGGGUCAGUGGGUGCAAGUGGCUGCCCAGUCAUGUAAAUAAAUGGCCCAGACACAUAGCAGAUUAAAGCUGCCCUGCUGCAUAGAGCCCCUCUGGCCCCUCUCUCUGGUUAGUAAGUAUUGGCAGACUCUGGACUCCAUCAUCUUUUCAGUAUUUUUCACCCCAUGAGGAAAUUUGGAUAACUGACUUAAGCAUUAGACACUUUACAACUCAUUAUGUGUAAGCAAGUAAAUUCAACAUAUCUUCUAUAAAUGAAGAACCAAAAGUGGGGCUACACAUUUCUGGGCCUGAGAUGGUGCUAAGAAAAAGUGGUACUCCAGUCAUGCUGCUGGUUUGCCCACCAUUCACAGAAUCUCAAAGCUGGAAGGGACCUCCAGAGGGAAUCCAGUCCACCCCACACCAAAGCAGAAAUUCCCUCUCUCCCCCUGCAACAUCCCUGAGACCAUCCAUCCAGCUUCUGCUUAAAGAUUCUAGGGAUGGAGAACUCACUACCUCUCGUUCCGUUUUUGAAUAGCUCUACUCCUUAGGAAGAUUUUUUUCUUACAUUAAGCCUAAAUCUCCCUCCCUGCAACUGUUAGCCACUGACUCUAGUUCUGCUCCCUUGGGCCAAAUAAAAAAAAUCUAAUCUCCCACAUGACAGCCCUUCAAAUACUUGAAGAUAGUGAUCAUGUCCCUGCAUCACUGAGUCUUCUCCAGGUUAAACAUCUCUCAUUCCCUUAACUGAUCCCCAUAAAGUGCUUUGAGUCCAUAUAUUUAUUCCCAUUCUAUGCUUCCAACCCUCUUCCUUCCUUUCAGGGUCACAUUCACUGAUUCUUGUGAUUGUAGUACAGAUCCAAUGACAAAAUGCUUCUUCUGUCCACCUAGCUCAUUUUGUGCACUUACACAUUUACAUAUGUUUUUUUAAUAUACAUAUGCAUAUAUAUAUAUUUGUGUGUAUAUAUCUAGAUGUACGGGGGAUGAAAUCUUAUGUCUGGAAAUGAUUUAUAAAUUAUGUUUUUUAUAUGAUUGGGUAAAUAUUAUAAAAUGGGUUAAUCUUUUAUUAUCUUUCAACGAAUUUCAUUAUGACCUUUUUCACCCUUUUUCAAUGUAGAAUGAAAGCUUUGUAAAUCACUGGUACAUACUUUU